CUAUACUGAUUGCGUAACAGGUUUCAUAGGAUAAACGUAUUUCCUAUGAAACGUAUUUUCCUCGUAUAUUUGCUUUCAAGAUGUUACAGCUUGCAAUCAUAGUCGAAAAAAAUCUUUGUAGGCCCACUUAAUGUUCGAACAUACGGUACGUAACUUAGAUCAGGCCAAGUGUAAGUUAACUGGACCACUUUGCCCAGUAAAGUAGGCCUAAAUACCAAAUCUAUGGGUCCUCACAGGCAGCUGAUCGUGUGCCUUGUGGAGGGUUCAACAGCUGUUCUGUAGGUUUCUGCCCUACUGGGUUUCAAAUAUGGGCAGGGUAAAAAUGGCACCCUUUGACAUGGCAGCAAUAGCUGCUAAAAACAGAACUGACACCAACAAGAUAGUGGGCCACACCAGCUAGGACAAGAGGAACAAGACAGUAUUCGGCCUGAAACUUUACAGAGCAUAAUAAGCCUUGAUUUGUUCUUCGUCUUUUUACGCUAUACCCUGUUGAUAUUGGUUUACGCGGACCAGUAUUUGCCAUGAAUACGAUGGACAAUUUGGAAAAACAACUGAUUUGUCCAAUAUGUCUGGAAAUGUUUACAAAGCCAGUGGUCAUAUUGCCUUGUCAACAUAACCUCUGCAGGAAAUGUGCCAACGACGUUUUUCAGGCAGCAAAUCCUUAUCUACCCACCAGGGCUGGCUCCUUAACGUCUGGGGGCCGCUUCAGAUGCCCAUCCUGCAGACAUGAGGUAGUACUGGAUCGCCAUGGAGUUUAUGGACUGCAGAGGAACUUGCUGGUUGAGAAUAUCAUUGAUAUGUUCAAGCAAGAGUCCAGUAGCACAAAGCCUGAGCCGGUGAAGAAGGAGGAGACGCCCAUGUGUGAAGUCCACAAAGAGGAAAAGAUUAACAUUUACUGUGUGACACAUGGUGUGCCAACCUGCUCCAUGUGCAAGGUGUUUGGGGCACAUAAAGACUGUGAGGUGGCACCCAUUACUAGUGUUUUCCAGACCAAAAAGACGGAGCUCAGUGAUGGGAUUGCCAUGAUGGUUGGAACUAACGACCGGAUGCAGGGCAUCAUUAGUCAGUUGGAGGAAGCAUGUCGUGCAAUAGAGGAAAACAGCUGUAGGCAAAAGACCCAGCUGUGUGAGAAGUUUGACCACUUGUACACGAUCCUGGAGGACAAGAAGAGGGAGAUGUGUCAGAAAGUGACAGCAGAGCAAGAGGAGAAAGUGAACUACAUCCGAGGACUCACCCGGAAGUACGGAGACCACCUGGAGGAGAGCUGUAAGAUCGUGGAGACCGGCAUCCAGACCAUGGAGGAGCAGGCACAGGCUGUGUUUUUACAGGUCACAAAGCCUCUCCUCCAAAAGAUUGCAGAGGCCUCAAGUAUAGCGCACUUGGAAAAGGUUGAACGCGGCUAUGAGAACAUGGAUCAUUUUAGCGUUGACUUUAGACGAGAACGCCAGGCCCUAAGAAGCAUUGACUUCAUCCAAGAUGAAGAUGACGAAGAUGAGGAUGGAGAGACAGAACUAAGCGAUGCAGAGGUGACACAAGCCAUACAAAAUCUUUCUGUUAGUACGAGCAAGAGCCCUGGUACAGCCUCUAGCACCUGACAAGAGUGCAGCCCUCCUCUCCAAAUAGCCAUGUGUGAAAGUGGGGGUCCAGAGCUUAAACAGAUUAGUGCAAUUUUGGAAAAGCGUGAGUAGGUGACGUAGUUGUAGUUGUUGAAUUACUAAUUCCACUCUUUCUGUUGUGUUGUUAGCCAUUCUCAAAUGUUGUUAUGUUUUCUUUUUUGGUGGUGGACAUUGUGCGUGAUGUGAUCCCAAAUGGAUUUAUUUAUGUAGCUGACCUUCUUUCAACCAUUUUGUUACAACUUUCAGUAGGGCUCCAAGUUGUCCUUCACCAUGUAUUCUUUUUACAACUUCUUUAUUAGUUUGAUAAAUGAGUCAAAUUUGGCUCUUUGACAUUUCAUAAACCAGGAUGUCGUUUUUUAUGUUAAACUUUGUCAGUAACAAAAGGCAUUUUCAAUAAUAUUUUACAGAGGAUUGUUAAGUCUGAUUUUGUUACUAUAUUAAUGCACAGAAAAGCACAUAUACACUGAAAGAAUCAUUAGACUCAAAUGUAAUUUACUUAAUUAUUCUGAAACCAAAAAAGCAUUUAAAGACAUUACUGCUUUAGCAAAUAUUGCACCUGACAUCCUGGGUGCUUCUUUAAUCCUCUGAUCUGUCCCACCAUUGAGCCAGUCACACUGAGUCUCAUCUACUGUAAUUAUUACCCCUCAUUCUUCACAGAGGUGGAUCCUUUACAAACAGCUCAAUGUAGCACUA